AUGGAGCAGCAGAACCAACAACAGCAGCAGCAGCAGCAGCCGCCGCAGCCGCCUCCUGCGGGAGGCGUUCCUGGCCCGACCGGCCGUCGCUUGCACAUUGCUCAUCGUCGAAGCCCCUCGGAGCUGACGCCGUUGAUGAGCAUGUUUGCCAACCCUGGGAUGGAGCAACUUGCUAUUCAGCAACAGAUCGAGCUGCUACAGCAGCAGCAGCAGCAGAUACAGGCUACGCAACAACAAUAUUUGAACAUGGGCAUGAUGCCGCCUGGACAGCUGGGUCCCGGUGGCUUCAACCCCAUGCAGCCGGGCAUGGCCAACAUGGCGGCGCAACAGGGCUUCCAGUUCCCCAACCAGCUUCCACAGCAACAGAACGUCCAAAUGGGUGCCCCGAGCCAGCCCAUGUCACACCGUCGUAAUCAGUCGGCACUUCCCAACAUGGGCAUGGGCCCGCCUCCGGCUCCAUCUUCGGGAGCAUCUGGCUCUACCUUCGGCCAGUUCGAUAACUCGCAGGCCCACGGCAGAGAGAACAACGCCCCUCGAGGAGGGCGAGGCGGCGGUUCUGGAGGCGGCCACCAGCGAAGACACUCCCUAGCACUGGCAGAUGCCAAGAAGGCCGCUGAGAUUGCUCAGCAGAAGCGCACUACAUCCGGCUUCCAGUUUCCCGGGCCCGGAGCGUCUGAUAGCGCUCCCGCCGAGGAGGCGAAGCCCGCUACCACCACUACCACCACCGCCGCCGCCGACACCCCUAUCGCCCAAGGCUCAUCCACCCGAGGUGGCCGGGGCGGCCAUGGACGUAGCCAGAGCAUGGCUGUUGGUGCAAACCCCAGAGGCCAUGGCCGCGGAGGCGAUUCGGUUUCCAUCAAUGCAGGUGGUCACCAAGGCAAUGACUUCACCCGUGGUCGCGGUCAUGCCAGAACCGGCUCACGUAACUUUGAGGGGAACUGGCGCAACCAGUCCCAGAACCAGGGUCAAGAACAGGCCGGCGGUCAGCAGCCCUUCCAGCCCGGCCACCGCUCUCGCGGCUCCGUGAACCAGUCGGUCUCGGGUAUUGGUGCCUUCCAGUACCCUGGCCAGCCCCAGCUGAUGCAGGUUCCCGGUCAGAUGCCCAUGAUGCAGAUGUACCCUGGCCAGCUCAACCCCAUGCAGCUGAAUCAGCUCCAGGCCCUGCAGGCGGCCCAGAUGAACGGACAGCACCUGGUUGGCCUGCAAGGAAGCCAGCACGCGCCCCAGAUGGGCGGUCAGCAGAACCAGCAGCAGCAGAGGAAGACACUCUUUACCCCGUAUCUCCCUCAGGCCACCUUACCUGCCCUCCUAGGUGAUGGCCAGCUUGUUUCUGGCAUCCUACGUGUCAACAAGAAGAACCGAAGCGACGCCUAUGUUUCUACAUCUGACGGCCUUCUCGACGCUGAUAUUUUCAUCUGUGGCAGCAAGGACCGGAACCGUGCCCUGGAGGGAGAUCUGGUCGCCGUCGAGCUUCUGGACGUUGAUGAAGUCUGGGGCCAGAAGCGCGAAAAAGAGGAGAAGAAGAAGCGAAAGGAUAUCACCGAUACUCGUUCCGGGUCAACUGCCGGUAACGCUCAGUCCGGUGCUGGGAAUGGAGAUGAUGCCAACGCUGGCGAGGGUGGCAUCCGCCGUCGCGGCAGUCUGCGACAGCGACCCACGCAAAAGAAGAAUGAUGAUGUUGAGGUCGAAGGCCAGAGCUUACUCCUUGUCGAGGAAGAGGAGAUCAACGACGAGUCCAAGCCGCUCUACGCUGGACAUAUCGUCGCCGUUAUUGAGCGAGUGGCCGGCCAAAUGUUCUCGGGCACACUCGGCCUGCUGCGACCUAGUAGCCAGGCUACCAAGGAGAAGCAAGAAGCCGAGCGGGCAGCCAGAGAUGGAGGUCGGCCCCAGGACAACAACCGACACCAGGACAAGCCCAAGAUUGUCUGGUUUAAGCCGACGGAUAAGCGUGUGCCACUGAUCGCUAUUCCCACCGAGCAGGCCCCGCGUGACUUUGUUGAAAAGCACCAGGAGUACGCUGAUCGCAUUUUCGUUGCGUGCAUUAAGCGCUGGCCCAUCACCUCGCUGCACCCCUUCGGAACAUUGGUCGAGCAGCUUGGCCGUAUGGGUGAUCUUAAGGUGGAGACUGAUGCAUUGCUGCGCGACAACAACUUUUCAUCCGAUGAAUUUUCCGAAGCUGUCCUCAGGAGCGUUGGGCUUCAAGACUGGUCAAUCGCCAAGGAGGACGAGACUGCCAUCAGCACUCGCCGAGACUUCCGGGACGUGACUACGUUCACCCUCGACCUGGCUGGUACUGGAGAGCUGGGAGAUGCUGUCCAUGUCAGGACCGAGUCUGAUGGCAAGAUCGAGAUCGGCAUUCACGUGCCGGAUAUCGCCCAUUUCGUCAAGUCUAACUCACUUGUCGACCGCGAGGCCAAGAAGCGCGGUAUGGCUGUCCACCUUGUGAACCGUACUUGCGCCUUGCUGCCACCACAGAUCGCCAAAGAAGUCUGCACCUUGACCGCGGGUCAGGACCGGCUUACCGUCAGUGUAGUGUUCCGCGUCAACCCCCAGACUGGUGUUGUGGCGGAAGGCGACACCUGGGUUGGCAAGAGUAUCAUUAAGAGCGCUGCCAACGUCACGCUCAAGCAGAUUGAUGAUGCUCUCUCCAAUCAGUCCUUCAAGCACGAUGUUAUCCAAGCAAAGGACAUCCAGAUCCUCAAUGCUGUUGCCCAAAAGUUCCGGGAAGCCCGCCUGGGUUCAGAAGAUGAGCCUAUCGCACCCCUGAGACUGCUCCACCAACUGGACGAUGAGAACAUUCCUAUCCAGCACAAUCUCUUCGACUCGACCCCUGGUACCGAACUCGUCGAAGAGUUGUUGCACAAGGCAAAUGCUUACGUGGCCCAGCGCCUGGUGGAAGGCCUACCCGAAAAGGCGCUGCUUCGUCGUCAAGGCCCGCCCAAUGCCCGCCGUCUCCAGACAUUGGAGGAUCGCAUGAGAGCACUUGGAUACGACUUUGACACUACCAGCAGUGGCUCUGUUCAGAACAGCCUUUUCAAGGUCGAUGACAACGAGAUCCGCAAGGGAAUGGAGACGCUGUUGGUGAAGAGCAUGAACCAUGCCAAAUAUUACAUUGCCGGCAAGACCAACAAGUCCCUGUGGCCCCACUACGCGCUCAACCAACCGCUUUACACCCACUUCACAGCACCUACCCGCCGCUACGCCGACAUUGUUGUCCAUCGUCAGCUCGAGGCUGUAUUGUCCGAAGGGAAGGUGGAAUUCGCUGACGAUAUUGAGAACCUGGUCAAGACUGUCGAAUCUUGUAACACCAAGAAGGAGUCGGCCCAGAAUGCUCAGGAGCAAAGUAUUCACAUAGAGUCUUGCAGAAUCAUGGACAAGAAGCGUCAGGAGGUCAAUGGAGACUUGAUCAGCGAAGGCAUUGUCAUCUGCGUGUACGAAUCUGCCUUCGAUGUCUUGAUCCCAGAAUGGGGCUUCGAGAAGCGAGUGCACUGUGAUCAGUUGCCUCUGAAGAAGGCCGAGUUCAGGAAGGAGAAGCGGGUGCUGGAGCUUUACUGGGAGAAGGGCGUCCCAAGUUCUGCAUAUGUCCCUGAGGAUGAACGCCCCAAGGCUCAUCAGUCGCAGAGAAUGUCGAAUGCCAUGGCUGCCGCCAGGCAGGCCGAGGAAGCCGACAGGGCGAAGAAGGAGCGCGAAGAGGCUGCUCGUAAGCAGACUGAGACUGGCACCAUAUCUACGGACGACGUUGAUGCGUUGUUCGACGACGAUGACGACAACGCUUCUGACGUUACUGAAGCCAUGGCCGGUGCGUCACUGGCCGAGCGACCUACCCAGAGUGUCCCCGGCUCGCCGACUCGAUCCACCUCAAACGCCGGUGUCCUUCACCGCACUAGGUCUGACUCGAAGGUGCCAAUGGCCGAGGCAGUUGAGACUCGUCUGACCAACAAGGAGAAGUAUCUGAAGCAUUUCGCCUUGCGGGAAGAGGGUGGCGAGUAUAUCCAGGAUGUCACCGAGAUGACGAGAGUGCCCAUUAUUCUCAAGACGGAUCUCUCGAAGAGCCCACCGUGCCUCACCAUCCGGUCCUUGAACCCGUACGCUCUGUAA